CUCAAAACCUUCCUCUUUGAUCUUGCCUUUUUUGGUCAUGCUCCCACCUUCACUCCACUCCCCCUACCCUCCACCCCUCUCUGAUCCAAACUCCCAGCUCGGGUGCAAACCCUUCACUGUUCAGUGUCAUGUGACAUCUUCCUGAGAGAUGCUGUAUAAAUGCAAUGUGUUGUUGUUGUUGUUGUUGCCUGUGUAGGAGAUUUAUUGUCUGCUGCUUCCAUGUCUUUCUAAAGCCCAGCUGCUCGUGUAAGGAGGGAUUUUCUGGGGACAAUCCUGACGCCGGCUGCAGCUUGAUAGAUGUUUGUCCAAACUCGUCUUGUGACAAGUCAGCAAAGUGUGUAACUGUUCUACCAGGAGACUUUGAGUGCGUGUGUGGAACAGGACACAUCAGCAACGGGAGCAGCUGCUUUGGUCCAUUACUGAAGGUGAUUCGAACGCUGGUCACAAGCGACUAUAGCCCCGACUCACUGCGGAUGUUCGAAAAUGGAUGUUCAUUAACAUUGAACAAAAUGGGGCCUUUCACCGUCUUUCUUCCCCUGGUGAGAGACAUGGAGACUCGGCAGAGGGAUGGUUGGUCCUGCCAACUGCACAUUAUCCCAGGAGCCUUCCUCCUGCAGGACCUGCUAAUUACUCGCACCUUCUGGACACUGACCGGAGACCCAGUUGAAGUGUUGCGGGAUGGAGAGAAUAUUGAACUUCUGAUCCACAAUAACUCAUACGGCAUUGUACAGAGCAAUGUGGGGGCGUCCAAUGGCAUCCUCCAUAUCAUUGACGGUUUCAUCAGUGGAAAUAACUCUGAGAAUCUGGAGGAUCAGAGGAAAACUGUUGCCGAGAUUCUUGCUAAAGAACAUGUGUUCCAAAGGUUCCAAAUCAUGCUGGAGAAUAUCGAGUACCCGGAAUUGCUGAAAGGCCCAGGUCCCUUCACUGUCUUUGUGCCGAGCAACAGAGCUGUGGACAAACUGCGAGACGGCACCCUCUUCUACAUGUUUACUGAGGGACGUCUGAAACUACAAGAGCUUGUGAAGCAUCACAUCCUCAGCUCUGCCAGGCUGACAGUGGACAGAUUGGCAACGAUUCCUCGAAUCCUGAGCAAAGCAAAUCAGAUCAUCUCCAUCAAUGUGGAUCAUCAUGGUCAGAUCACAUUGGGGGACAAAGCCGUUCCUUUAUACAGACGAGACAUCAUUGCUUCAGACGGGGUUAUUCAUAGUCUGGAUGGAAUCCUUAUUCCUCCCUCCAUCAUUCCCAUCCUCCCGAAACAGUGCAACAAGAUUCAUCACCACAUCGUAACGGCUCCGUGUGGGGAUUGUUCAGCAUUGAGCAGCAGGAAGUGUCCGGAGGGAGCGGCCCCGAUGGAGACAUACGAUGUUGGCUGUAAGUACGAUGCCUCGGCUGAUGGGGUUCUGUACAGCAGAAAGCUGGGCUGUGCCCAGCACUGUAACCAGACCAUUGUGAAACCCGCCUGUUGUAAAGGAUUCUAUGGGAGGGAAUGCCGGGCCUGUCCAGGAGGGUUUAAGGAACCUUGUUACGCUCAUGGGGAGUGCAUCGACGGCAUUAAAGGAAAUGGUUCGUGCAAAUGCCACCCAAACUUCAAAGGGAUUGCCUGUCAUAUCUGCUCUCACCCCAAUAAACACGGCACCAACUGUGAGCAAGAUUGCCUCUGUCUGCAUGGUUCAUGUGACAACAGGCCAGAAAACUCCGGGAUUUGCCUCCCUAACUCCUGUGAGGAUGGCUUCAUGGGGAAUCUCUGUGACACAAGGACAGAGACAUGCGGCUCUGAGAAUCUGUCGCAGUAUUGCCAUGCAUUCGCUGAGUGCACUUACACCAACAACACCGUCAGGUGUGUGUGUAAAAGCGGGUAUGAGGGCAAUGGGCUUUCCUGCCAAUCCGAGGAUGUGUGUAGACGGUCGGAUCGUGGAGGGUGCGACAGGAAUGCAGAGUGUGUUACCCUGGGGCCUGGGAACGCAUCCUGUAUCUGCAACACAGGGUGGUCCGGAGACGGGCAUGUUUGCACAGAGAUCAACGAGUGUUUGCUGAACAUGCGAGGAGGCUGCCAUAGUAACGCUGAUUGUCAGUACAUCGGCCCUGGACAGAGCAGCUGUGUGUGCAGGAAGGGGUUUGCAGGCAACGGCAAGAUCUGCACUGCCAGAGACCCAUGUCUGCAGAGCAAUGGUGGCUGUCACCUCAAGGCUGAAUGCAAAGCCACUGAGAGCGGCAGCCGAGAGUGCACCUGCCCGGAGGGUUAUGGUGGAGAUGGGAUCAUCUGCUUCAGGGACGUAUUGAGUGAGCUGGCAGGAAGUUCAUACUUUUCUGGGUUCAACGCGUGGCUACAGAAAUGUUUGCUUAGAACAGAACUCCGAGGAGGAGCUAAUGUGACAGUCUUGGCUCCGUCAGAUGCAGCAAUAAAGGACAUGAAUAGGACUGAGAAAGCGGCUUGGGAACAGUCACGCAGUCUCUGCGUCUUAGUCAGGUCUCAUAUCCUUGUGGGGGGGUUCAGCACUGAUCAGCUGAUGGAGCACAGAGGCCAGGACCUGCAAACUCUCAACACCUUCAUCACCUGGCCGGUGGCGAGCGAGAACGGGACACUGAGUGUUGCUGGGGCGCGAGUGCUGAUGGCUGACAUCCCAGCAGUCAACGGCUUCAUCCACAUCAUCGAUCAGGUGCUGGUGCCUCCCUGGGAGGACGUUGCUGGCCAUUGCCCGGGGCUGCUCGAGGCCCUGGGUAACCUCUCCCAGUACUCGCUCUUCACACAGGCCCUGCAGCUAUACGGUCUGGUGGAGGUGCUGGAGGCCGCUGUGGGCUACACUGUGCUGCUGCCGAGUGACGCUGCCCUCACUCAGUACUCCCAGGCCCAGCGACUGCCGCAGCUGGAGGAGGAUUCUGUCAAAUAUCACCUGAUUCUAGGGGAGAAGCUGCUGUUCAGCAACAUCAAGGCUGUAAUUCGCAAGGAAACGAUGCUGGGUGUUUCCUACCGCAUCACGUUCUCCGCUGACAACGAUCAGGUCUUUGCUAAUGAUAUUCCGCUGGAGAAACUUCAGGUGGAAACAAGAAAUGGGAUUCUCCUGGGAGUGUCUCGUGUUCUCCCAGUACUCCGUAAUCAUUGCAACAUCCGGGAGAUCGACACUGUGCAGGGACAAUGUGGGAGCUGUGACCAACCCCCAGUCUGUCCUCAAGGAACCACUCCUGUGGAGCUUCCUGGCCAGGACAGGACACCUGACUGCAGUUACAAGGAAUAUCAGUACCAGCAACGGGUCACCCUGUCUGGCUGCAAACCCAACUGCACCCGCGUAACAGUACUCCUGGGCUGCUGUUCUGGCUACUUUGGGCCUGGGUGUGAGAUGUGUCCUGGGGGCCCCGGGGUCUGGUGCUCGGGCUCUGGGAUCUGUCAGGACGGGCUGAACGGCACUGGCGAGUGUCUGUGUCAGGAAGGCUUCCAGGGCACAGCCUGCGAAUCAUGUGAGGCCGGGCGAUACGGACCCACGUGCAAGUUGGAGUGCAGGUGUGUGAAUGGCAAGUGCAGGGACGGACUGGCUGGAAAUGGCAGCUGUGACUGUAACAAAGGCUGGAGUGGUGCAGACUGCGAUGUGGAGAUUGUGAGUGACACCUGUAACGGGACUUGCCAUCCACACGCCAACUGUGUCCCAGGGAUGGCCUCCUCCACCCCCUCCUGUGUUUGCACAGCGGGCUACACCGGAAACGGGACGUCCUGCUCAGAGUGGGAUCCCUGUGAGAGGAACAAUGGCGGCUGCUCCAUGUCCGCGACCUGCACCAAGGUGUCCGCAGGCGAGAGGACCUGCUCCUGUGUCCCUGGCUUCACCGGCGAUGGUGUGGUUUGUGUGGAACUGGACGGCUGUGCCUUGAAAACCUGUGGUGAACAUGAGGAGUGUAUAAAGACAGCAGCCGGCCGGGUGGCCUGUACCUGUGUGUCUGGAUAUGUUGAAGACUCAAUGCGGAUGUGUAAGCCUGUGGAUCCCUGCACUCAGGACAAUGGAGGCUGCAGCCUGUUUGCCAAGUGUGUGUUGGUGGGCCCCGGUGUGAGGCUGUGCCGCUGUGUUCCCGGUUACAUUGGGGUUGGAUUCUCCUGUCGGGGCAGAAUCUUUGAGGAGCUGGCUCGGCUGCCGGCAAUGUCUGUCUUCUCCCAGCAACUUCAGAGAAAUCUGUUCAGGGAGCUGAGCCUCGAGGGACCGUUCACCCUGUUUUUGCCGGAUACGGAGCUGACAGCUCAGGACAACACGGUGGAGGAGUGGGAGCGCAGGGGUCUGGUGAAGGACUUGCUGUGGUAUCACCUGGUGGGCUGUCGGCAGCUGCUUCACAGCAAGCUGAUAGAACAGAGCUCGCUCAUUGCCCUCUCUGGGCACCGCAUUCACAUUACUGUCCGACAGAAUUCUGUUUACCUGAACGGCGAUUCUCAGAUUGUGAGGAGAGACUACGUGACGGCCAAUGGCAUCAUUCACUACAUCAGCAAAGUCUUGGUUCCUCACAACCUGACCCUGAGCGAGGCUGGAGACUCGGUGCCUGCUCCCCUGAAAAACCUGACAACGGUGGCGGAGGAGAAUGGAUACAAACGAUUUAGUGAUUUGGUCAAGGAAGUGGGGCUGAUGCCAGUGAUCGCUGACCCAUUGCAUCGGCCAUUCACCAUGUUCUGGCCGACAGACGAGGCUCUGGCUGCCCUCCUGCCAGCCCAGCAGCACUGGCUGUACAGCAACCAGAACCUGCACCAUCUCCUGCAAGUCCUCAACUUCCACAUCAUCAGUGACUGGAGGAUUGACGCUGUGGAUUUCCCACUGAAAAUUGAGCCAAGAACGAUGCAGGGAUCCACGCUUUCGAUUACCUGCAGCCGGUUUGAGAUUGGAGCGCUGAUGUUGAACGAUGGAGCGGCACAGAUUGUGCAGCGACACCUGGUGUUUGAUGGUGGAAUUGCGUACGGCAUCAACGGUCUCCUGGAGCCUCCACACCUGGGAGCUCGAUGUGACACGUUCACAAGGCAGCCGGUGUCCGGAAUCUGUGGAAACUGCUCCGCGGUCCCUCGGUGUCUUCCCGGAACAAAGCUAAAGGGGGGGAUGUUAAAUUACCACAGAAAUUGCUGGUAUGUGCCCAGAUCUCACCGCUCAGCCUUCGGCUCUGUCUCACAUUCAAGUAGAACCGUGCCCGGCUGCAGUGCGGACUGCCUCACCCCUGUGUGGCUGCCUCAAUGCUGCAAACAUCACUACGGCCAUGACUGCCAAGCAUGUCCUGGAGGAGCACGUUCCCCGUGCAGUAACCGCGGGCACUGUAGCGAUGGCUGGAAUGGACGAGGCACAUGCUGGUGUAACGAGGGCUUCACUGGCACCGCCUGCGAGCUGUGUGGCCCCAGCCGGUUCGGAGCAAACUGUACAAGCUGCACCUGCACGAAGAACGGGAGAUGUGAUGAAGGUAAAACGGGUAAAGGAACCUGUUUCUGCAGCGAAGGCUGGACUGGAGAUCAUUGCCAAAGCCAGUUAGAGGCGCUGCCUGUGUGUUCCCCGAAAUGUCAUCAUAAUGCAGUGUGCCAAGCCAACAACGUGUGCGAGUGUGAGCUGUACUAUGAGGGUGAUGGACGAAUGUGUGUAGUGGCUGAUCUCUGCCGGGACAACAAUGGAGGCUGUAGCGGUAACGCAAACUGCACGCAGCUCGGGGUGACCAUCAGCUGCUCGUGUGGCCUGGGCUACAUGGGGGACGGGCACGUGUGCACAGCUGUGAGCAAGUGUGAGGUCGAGAGGAACGGAGGCUGCAGUGAGCAUGCCGUCUGCAUCAACCUCGGAGCUUUUACCCGGAAAUGUGAGUGUAAAUCUGGGUUCAGGGGGAACGGGAUCCAAUGCUUAAAGAAUAUCAGCCCCCCCGUGAACCGCUGCCUGGACAGGAACGGCCUCUGUCAUCCGGAUGCCAUCUGCAUCGACCUCCACUUCCAAGAUACCACAAUGGGGGUGUUUCACUGGCAGUCUCCCCGGGGGAAGUACAGCUUCACGUACACUGAGGCUAUGGACGCCUGUGUAGCUGAGGGAGCCACCCUGGCCACCUUCAGUCAGCUUGCUGCAGCUCAGCAGUUUGGGUAUCACCUGUGCACAGUGGGCUGGCUGGAGGGGAGUCGAGCCGGGUACCCCACCACCACCUCCAACCCCAACUGCGCCUCCAGUGACAAUGGCAUCAUCGAUUACGGAGUGAGAAAAAACAGCAGUGAGCUUUGGGAUGCGUAUUGUUUCCGAGCGCGAGAUGUGGAGUGCUGGUGUGCCGAGGGCUUUGUGGGAGACGGUUAUUCAUGUCAUGGGAACCUGGUUCAGGUCCUGUCCAGUGACGCCAACUUCUCUCGCUUUUAUUCACAAUUGCUGGAUUUCGCCCGCUCGAGUAAGGAAGGGUUGGAGUUACUCACAUUCCUUUCUGAGGAGACAACCAGAAAAACCCUCUUUGUUCCCAUCGACUCUGGGUUUGGGGAGAAUGAGACGCUGUCGUGGAGAGACCUGGAGAAUCACGUGUCUGAGAAUCACAGCCUGCACUACAGUCAGAUGAUGGACGGUCUCAGGCUCCGCUCUCGGCUGGGGAACCACCUGCUGAUUGCAGAUGGCGUCUCUGACAAUCACACACGCAUCAACGGCUCGAAACUGGUGAACGGCCGCCGUGUUGUGCAAUGGGACAUUGAAGCCACCAACGGGAUCAUCCAGGUCAUCGAAGCCCCCCUGCAGGCCCCGGGGGCUCCGGCUCUGGCCUCUCAUUCACUGCCCAAGGCUCUGGUUGUGACGGUGUUGUUGGCUGUGAUCGGCCUCGUGGCUGCAGGUGUCGGCCUGAGCUGCUAUUGGCUCAGACGCAAGAAUGACAAUUUUCACUUUCAUUACUUCAAGAGCGAGGAGGACGACGAUGAUGAUAAGCCUGCAGUGGUCUCUGUGCCCAACCCCCUGUACAGUGCGUACGGGGCGGCAGUGGACAGCACCGAGCCCUUUGAUGAUUACGGUGAUUAUUCUGACACACAGAACAUUAUCCAGGACUAGGAGCCGGGUUUAGUGGGCGAAAGACGGCAGCACAGUCUGUGUACGACAGACAGACCAGAGACAGACAGACAUCUCUCCUCCUCACACACGUCGGGGGGAAUGGGGAGCAGCUCCCGGCUACACACCACGUGUCUGGGAAUCUGUGCAACAAGCGAUUGGGAUGUAAUCUGGGUUGAUAUUGACUGGUUACAGUUAGUGUGUUUGGUGUAAGUGGGAAAUAUUUCCACUUAUAAACAGGGCAAAUUAUUAAUAACCAUCUACUAACACUGCAAGGCUAGAUUAUGAUCCUUAUACAAGAGUUCAUCUACUGACUGAGAAACUGCAGAUAAAAGGGUGAGAUUGAGGCUCCCUCAGGCCACAGUGUUUGUCCCUGGUUUGUUUUAUAAAAUAUCAGCAUUUUGUACUGAACCUCAAGCACUUAAAACAAUAAACUUUAUCAAAAAUA